AUGAAGCCUACAAAACCACUACUUUACAUAACGGGAUACGGACCCUUCUUGGAAGUAACGGAGAACCCCAGCGCCACCAUUGCGCAAAGUGUAGCGGAACAGGUGAGACAAAGUGGCGAAGCGGAUGUCCAUCAUGAAACACUAGACGUGAACUUAGAGGCCGUUUCCAAAUAUUUCAACCGCCUCAAUGAAUCCGUCACCGCUCAUCUGGAAGCCACACAUCCCGAGAAUCGAGUACUUCUCGUCAACGUGGGCCUUCACAGUCGCGAAAAGGAAAAGGUACUGCGGCUGGAAGUGCGCGCCUUCAAUGAACUGGAGGGAAACCCCAUCGAUGAUGAGCUUCCCUUGAGUACAUGCAAAGACAGUGCUUUCGUGAAGGGAUGCAAGCUCGAAACAACAACAGCCCUCAUAGAGGAACUCAAUGCGAUUGAGAGAAAUGGUAGCGAUCAUCACGAAAAGCCUCGUUGGAUUAUUUCUUACGACGCGGGGCGAUAUUACUGCAACUAUGCACUGUACAGAGGCGUGAAGAUGCAGGAAGCUCUAAACAGCCGCGUGUUUGCCGUGUUUUUGCACAUUGUAGCAUCCACUGUCGUGUGCAUGGAAGAGCAGGUUGCGCAGGUCCGCAUGCUUGUGUCGCACCUCUUGAAACACAUGGAAGCAGUUGAAUGA